AUGAAUCCAUAUCUGCGGUGGGCAAUUUUGCUCUUCAUCACUGGUGGGCUGGCGUUUUACUAUCGGAAAGGAUCAUCCAAAAUAAAAACAGCCUCCAGUAAACCGAUCUUGGAGAGAGUAGAACAGUCCUUGCCAACUAAGAAGUCCAAACAGCGCAAGCCGAAAAAGGCACCUCAAGCCACCAGUGCCAGUGGCAGCCCUACUCCGACUCCCCAAGUUCAGCUGGCGGCCGCCCCUCCCACAACUUCACACGAAAAAGGCGAGGGUAUGAGCAACCUUGAGUUUGCCAAACAAUUCUCCAAAGUGAGAGAAGGAAAUGCUAUCGCGCCUAGUGCGGCGAAGAAACCAGCGCCGGCACCGAAGCCGGUAUCUCGUCCGACAACGGGACGUAGUGAUGCUCAAGCCUCGACUAGUGCGUCUUCAAUGACUGGGGCUGACGCGGACGACGACCUGUCUUCCAUUGGAUCCUCGGUGGCCAAGCCAGCAGGCGAUGUUUCUGAUAUGUUGGAGACACCCGUUCCUGGAGCAUCCGUCCUUCGAGUCACUGGCUCUGUUGAGAAUGAGCAGAAGAGCAAGAAAAACAAGAAGUCAAAUGACUCCAAGCCUGUAGAGACGAAAAAGCAGAGACAACAACGUAUCAAGAAGGAAAAUAACAAGCGCAUGAUUCAAGAGGCAGAAGCUCAAAGACGCGCCCUUCUUGAGAAGCAGCUUCAUAGCGCUCGUGAUCACGAACGCCAGGAAGCGGCCAAAUCCAAACCUCCAGUUUCGAACGCGUGGAAAGCCGGCGUUACCACCAAUGGAUCGGACAAGCCUAAGACUGCUCCUAGGCCACUUCUUGAUACGUUCAAGCCCACCAACGAGCAGAAGGAAAAUAUCAGUGCUGUGACACCUGAAAGCUGGACGGACGGUUUACCCCCAGAAGAAGAACAGAUGCGCCAGGCACUGAGUGAAAGUGAAUGGACCACUGUUUCAAACAAAAAGAAAGAGAGACGCCGAGCCAACAUCCCCGGCGUAGCAAUGAGUGAUACCAGCAGUUCAGAAACCCCAGAUCGUCAAACCCCGCAGCCGAACCAGUUAAACCCGGCUAAACCAGCCCCUCGCAAACAAACCCGUUAUUGA